CAAAAGAGUUUUUUUCAUAUAAAUCUUCCUAUUAAAAUUAGUUUUAUUUAAAUUAUCGUUAAUUAAGCCUAUAUAUAGUAUUUAUUAUCGUGUUAUCAACUGAUACUCGCACUAAACUAAUGUAUUAAAGUAUACGAAACUCACAUAAAUCGCUCUAAUUUAUGCAAUCCAAAGUGCUAUAAAGUUAUGUGCACUACUUAAAUAAUCUCUUAAAGUCCUCAAAUAUUGUAAAUGUGACAACGAAGCAUUUUGCACAAAAUGACAAAUCAAAAAAAUAUGGAACGAAUUACACAAAGCAAUUCAAACUCAGAAGAUGACUUACAUAUAAGUUCAAGUAACAACGGAAAUAAUGAUUGUAAUUUACUUCUGAAUGACAAAAGAAAUGGAGACACAAGCAUGUUUGAUGAUUCAUAUCUCGCAAUGAAUAUUCGAAGAUGGUCACUAAAUAUAUCCAACGGAAGACAUAAUAGAAAACCAUUCUAUCAAUUUAUGCCUGCAAAGUUGCAUAAAACCGUUUCUCACGAUGGAACCCUUCUCAGCGAGAUGGAUCAAAUCGAACAGAUUACGCAGGAAAUUGAGCAGCAUGACCAUUUAAUGGAAGCAAAUUAUAAAUCAGAACAGGCACGAAUUGAUACAAUUAAAUUAAUGCCACAAUCGCUUGCAGCCAAACGUAUAAUACGUGCUCGUCUAUUGCGUUCCAUCAAUCGUCGAUCACAUUUAUCAAAUCAUUCUGGAUUAAAAAAUGUUAAAUUCUUUCCAAAUUUAUUCGUCAAAAGGGCACGAAGUUGGUAUCGACAGGUUUUCAAAAGCUUUGAUUUCUGGUAUGGAUCUAUGAAGGAGAUUGAGGGACGUUUCGGAAGUAAAAUUGGAGUGUAUUUUAAAAUCUUAAAAUAUCUUGUUAUGCUCAAUAUCUUUGUGGCAAUUCUAGUUUUUAGCUUUAUAAUACUUCCACAAAUACUUUAUGAUAACUUCCAAGCUAGUUCAAACAAUCAUACCGCAACAGUCGAUAGCAAUAACAUGAGUCUUCCCAGCUUCGAAUUUGUAGAUAUUUUAACUGCUGAGGGGUACUUGAGAAAUUCAAUAAUGUUUUAUGGUGCAUAUACAAAUGAAACAAUCAGUAUAGGAGCGAAUGGAGAAUAUAGCUAUAGUUUACCAUAUGCAUACUUUUUAACAAUGACGAUUCUUUACACUGUGAUUUUUAUCGUAAUAUCAAUUAGUUUAUUGCGUUGUUAUCGUGCAUCAUUUAUAGAAGCUAUUGACAAUACGCCAAAUUUCUAUUGUCACAAAAUCUUUUGUGCGUGGGAUUUUGGAUUACAACAUUUGAAAGCAGCUGAGACAAAGCAUAAGAAUAUUUAUCGCGAGCUUAAAGAUUUACUUUUAUCUGAACAUAAAAAGAUAGAAGAUGAACGAUUGAGUCAAUUAAGAAAAGUAUGGAAUAUAAUGAUACAAAUUACUGCUCAUAUCACAGUCCUUGCUAUAAUAAUAUUUAUUGGAGUGGUGCUAUGGGGACUUUUUAGUAUAUAUGAGAGAAAUUCAAGCCAAGAAGAUCAAUGGAAAUUUUUGUAUAUUCCGGUUGUGAUAAAUUCUGCCAUCUUAAUCUGUUCAAUUGUAUUUACAUGGAUAUCGAAGGCUGAAGAAUAUAAAUUUCCAAGAACAACAAUUCACAUCCGUUUGCUGAGAAAUUUCCUUCUAGAAAUUUCAAUUGUGUCAGCAUUGUUAGUGUUUUGGAUAUCGAAGAAUGAUCAACUGGUUAAUUGCUGGGAAUCAAUAAUUGGAGGCGAAGUUUAUCGAAUAAUGAUUAUUGACUUUUUUAUGCAUACAAUUGGAACAUGUUUCUAUUACUUCAUUCGUUAUUUAAUUCAUAAGUCUGAUCCGGAUGAGUUCGAUCUUCCAGAAUUCGACAUUACACAUUCAAGCCUCGGCCUUGUGUUCAAUCAAUUUAUCUUUUGGGUUGGUCUUCCAUUUUCGCCUUUCCUAUCACUAAUAGCUGUUAUGAAAUUUAUUUUAAUGUUUUACAUCAUGAAAGUCACUCUAAUCAAGUGCUGUAAGGCGCCAAUGAAAUUAUGGAAAAGCAAACAAAUUCAGACAUUCUUUCUUGUUGGAAUAUUCACCACAUUGGUUAUCGUUUUUGUCGUACAUGGAUUAGUUGUAACGAAAAUUCCAGUAAGUAAGACUUGUGGUCCGUUUCGCAACUACACAGAUAUAUCAGAAAUCUUCAUGGACGGAAUACUUAAAUUAAAGGAAGGUCAAUUUUUCUGGAAAAUCUUUACAUCCUUCACAAAGCCAGCAUUUGUUGGUGGAAUAUUGUUGACAAUGUGCGUGAGUGUUUAUUAUCUUCGAGCAAAAGCCCAUGGACAAAUAGCAAAAGUUAAAUUGUUAAAAGAGAUGCUGUAUUUGGAGGCAAAGGAUAAGGAAUUUUUAUUGGGAAACAUCAGUCGAUUGGCGCAGGGAAAGAGUCUAUCAAUGAAUCUACAUUAUGAAGAUGAUCACAUUUCUGAGCCAGAAAUGCCAAUUGAUGGAUUCGCUGAUGACGAUUGGAAAUAUGAAAAUAAUUUAGUUCGUAAUUUGAGACUUGAUUUUGAGCAUAUCCCGACAACUAGUGGAUAUACAAGAUUCUGUGAUGAUGAAAUUUUAAGAAAUCGAUUAAGUCGUUACUGACGUUUAAGAAAACGAGCUAGAAGAUUUUGGAGUUGGACGGCAGUAUUAAAGUAAAGUGACCUUAAAUUAUGCAAUACCAUCCAAAAUGAUAGUAUGAGAUGAGAAAAAAAAAUAAAUAUUUAAUUAAUAAUUACGCUACAAAUCAAAUUACGCUAUUUUUGUAAUUUAAAAAGCUUAAAAAAAUUGUCAAUAAAUGAAUGACAACUUUAUUUUUCUUCCUCUUUGAAAA